UCGGGGUUAUCCGGAAUCGACAUUAUACGGCCGAGGUAGAAAUAAGGUCGUCAAUUUCAACAGGCUAGUUGGGAGAAUUUAUUGUACAGUUACUGGUUCAAUAAGGCGUUAAUGUUGGAGAUCAAAGGAACUGGCGGUAAUGACGAGUUUAUCUGGCGCUAAACAGAGCGGAUAAAGAGAAAUGGUUUGGCGAGAUGUCGUCUUGACGAAUCUAGAGAAAUCGGCAACAAUGGGAAACUGACGUGAAAUAUAUUUUUAAACUCCUGACGGAUUUAUUGCGGCUAUUUGAGGAUAAUUGAAGGGCGGUGUUGACGACCAGCUAGAUAGCCUAGAGGGGGAGAGAAGCGAUGGACGGAACCGCCAUGAGCUCCUACAUACCAAACUCCUACGGGAGUUCGCUGGAUCCAGGGGCAUUGGGUCCCUGCAGCGGGGGACAGAUGCACCCAAUGGCGUCCAACAACAACGCCACCAGCUACCACAGACAGUUAUCAAAUUAUGCGUAUUCGUCGUACGGAAACCAGGCAAUGUACCCACGAUUCCCCCCUUACGACAGACUGGACGUUCGGCCAAUCGAAAACAAUCACACAGACGAUUACUACAGACAGUGCGAGAACACGAAACCAAUCGGUUCCUCCAACACGAGUUCGGACAGUGCGAGACAAUAUGGCGGUGCCAGCGUACCGGAACCGGAAAUACCGGGCUUCGGUAACUGCGCACUGUCGGAAAAUAACGGAUAUAUAAACAAACGAAGCCCCGGGGAAUUCCCCAAACCCGACACCCCAACCUCCUCCCCCAACGACUCCGAUGGGUGCAGCGCCACCAAUGACGGGUCGGGAGAAGUAGGGGGAAGCAACUCUACCUCAGACGUUCCAGUUUAUCCUUGGAUGAGAAGUCAAUAUGGGCCAAAUAGAAAGAGGGGUCGACAGACUUACACCCGUUAUCAGACGUUGGAACUAGAAAAAGAAUUCCAUUUUAAUCGUUACCUUACCCGUCGACGACGCAUUGAAAUCGCGCAUGCGCUGUGUUUGACAGAAAGACAGAUCAAAAUCUGGUUUCAAAACCGGCGGAUGAAAUGGAAGAAAGAGAGCAAACAACUAGAGACAAUAGGGACAGAUGGACGCUCCGACGAGACGGACAAAGAGAAAUAAAACCACAGGAAAAUUGCCCAUAACUGUCACCCACUGCCGACUGAUUGAUUUGUAUCUGCCACACCCACCACCGCGCGAUUGGCUGAUUGGGAUCGCUAUCAGCGGCUUGCGCAACGCGAUUGGGUAAAUGGCCAGUGAGCUCAUCGGUUACGUAAGCUGUACAGUGUGUGGUACGCAUGACAUAACAUAAUGGGGCCCAAAUCUAUUACAGCCGAAUGGACUGCUUUAUCCCGACGACGAUUACAGACAACGGCCAUUCUCUCGUUACGUCGGGUUAUAAUUAAUUGUCCUGUUUUUCGGUCAAAAGGGUAAAUAUCUGUCGCAUAGCAUAAAGCUAGUUGUUAUUAUUAUUAUUAUUAUUAUUUUUUAAAUACACAUUUAAAAAACCCUCAUGUUUGUAUGUCUAUUGAAGUUGUUAAUUUAGUGACGUCAUCAUUCUGUAUCUACCAAGUGCUCAAUCUAUAGAAGUAUUUGUAAGCGUGUUGUGUUUAAUUUCAUCUUUACUGGGACCGUACCUAUCCUAUAUUAAUUGAUGGGGUAAAGGGGAUGGGUUUGGGAAAAGGGCAUAUUUAAAUAUGAAAAACAAAAUCACUAAACAAACAAAUAAAUUCAGGGGGACAGCUAACUGCCCCUCCCCAAAACUCCCAGUUAGAUACGGUCCUUGUUUUUAACGCCCAGAGUACGCAAUAGCGUGUACAAUGUGUUGUUGGAUGGUUGCCCAUUAUUAUUAUUAUAGUUUGUGUCUGUGACUGAGUAUUUAAAUAUUAUUAGCUUCAAUUUUACGAACAUACCAAAAUCAGUGGGAUUUUUAUUUAUUAUUUCCAUUUUGUAUUUCUUUUUACUUUUUUUUUCUCUCCAUCACUGUUAUUAUUAUUAUGUUUAUUAUGUUUAUUAUGUUUAGUUUACAUAUAGCUAGCUUUUCCAAAAAUAUACUCCGAAAAACCACAUUGUUUUCUUCACGUAUAUUUGAAAAUGCUGCCAUACCAAAGUUACCCUCUACGCCAAAAUCGAUCUAAUUUCAUUUCAUUUGACAAGGUCACACUCAUAGUGUAUAUUCAAUACGAAUCAUAAAACAAAACAAUGCAUUAUAUUAUAUUAUUAAAACAUAUCAAAUAAACAUAUUUUGCGAUUUUUUAAUUUUUUAUUUUCAAUAUUUGAAAAAUAACAAAUAAUUAACCAAAUAAAUAA